CUGUAUGUGCAGGCAGCUUCACCAUACAUUCCUCUUCCUCCUCCCAUUUUCCUGUUUCAGUACUCCGCAGCAUACUAAUGGUGAUGUGGUCAUAUCCACCAACGCCGAAGCAACUCUCUCUCACACUCUGCGGUGUCGCAGUCGGAAUCUCCUUCAUCUGCGCCGGCGCUUACCUUUCCUACGCCAACAUUGGCCCUCAACAAGCCCGCGCUAAGGCCCGCAAAGACUACCUCAAAGCCCGUCUCAGACACCUCCUCCAAGAUUGAUUCAUUGCUCUCUUGUUCUUACUCUCCAACUCUUUGGCUUUCUGGAUUCGCUAUCAAAAUUUUGACUGUAUUAUAGGUCUGGACUAAAUGAUUCCUUGUUUUGGGCAGUCUUCAACAACAACCAAUAAUCAUUUGAGGCCUUCGGCUUUAGAUGGGUAUUCUGUGGAGAACACCCCGCAAUCUGGUGUACAAAUCUCUCCUACUGUCAACCUCAAACGAGCUUAUACUCUUGCUGUUCAGACCCCCUCCUUUGGUGAGAUAUGGACCAAGAUUCACCAAGAAAUCCCUUCUGAACAGAAUGUGGACGUAUCGGAAGUUAAUGUCAUUGAGGAACCUCUGCAAUUAGAGGAAGUACUUAAACCAAGCCGGGAAGAUAUAGAAGAAGCACUUUGUGAUAUUAUUAUAGAGGACACUUUCACCCAGCAAGUUGUUAACUUCUUUAACCACAGUGAGGAGACUGCCCGGAAAUGUCUGCUUCUCUCUGAAAGUGUGCACCGUGCUCGCCACUUGUAUGCCCCGCUUCACAAACUUGUUGAUAUCCUUCCAUCAGAGUGUGAGACCGUUGCGGAUUCCCUUUCUCAAGAUCAGUGCGAUUCGGCUUUCAAAGUCUUUCUUCAAUUCGACAAACUUGACAAUCCAUUCCCUGGCAUAGACUCCGACAGCAGCUUCAAUGAUAUGCACACUUCCUACUUCCAACUGAAGGAGCAACUUGACCUUCGUAUAGAACAUUCCCGCUCAAAGGUCCACCUUCUCCGUCAUGCCACCAAAGGUUCCGCCAUAUGUUUGCUCGUAGCUGCUGUCGGAGUGGUCACAUGUGCUAUUCUCAUAGCUACUCCCGCUCUCAUUGUACUGGUUGCUACCCCGGCAGCAUGCCCUCCUUGCCUUCCUUUGAAGAUAACGAAGAAGGAAUCAGCUCAUCUCGUACAGCUUGAUGAUGCCUCAAGGGAAACUUUUGUCCUCGACAAUCACCUCGAAACCCUUGAUUGCCUGGUCGAUCCUUUACAUAAUUCGGUGGAGGGGUUUAAGCGUGAUGUUCGGUUCGUGCUUGAGAGAAGCAAGGACAGUUAUAGUAUUCAGGAGGUAUUGAAGCAACUGCGAAGAAAGAAUCACAAAUUCCUUGACCAGCUGACUCGUCUUGAGGAGCAUUUGUGCCUCUGUUUCGCUGCAAUAAAUCGGGCUAGAUCUAUCCUCCUUAAUUAUUUACUAAUUCAUCAACUUCAUUCUUCAUAGCUGCUAUACGAUCACUUCAAACACAAAAGUUAUCUUCCAUCUUAACAUAUGCUUACCUUCUUCCUUUGUUUUUGUAACUGUUACUUUAGAUUCUCAAAUAUUGCAGUUACACGCACACUCAAGGAGCAGCAAA